AUGGAGGAAAUUAACCCGACGACAGAGCGAAAAUGUUCUAAAAUUGUGCGUUUUUUGAGAGAAACACGUUUUUUUCACAAAACAUUGAUUUUCAGACAAAUUUCCUGGCCGUCUCGUUAAUUUCCACACUGAUUGUAUCCACGAUUUCAUCGAUUCUCCUCUUUUUCCCGAUCGUCCUCAUUUCUGGAGCAAUUCGCGCGUUCGGAGCACUCAAAACGACCAACAACGGCGGAAAAUCGAUAAAAUCGCCGUCGGAAGAGGAUUCUGGAAUCGACGGCGACACCGAAGAAUCGGACGACGACGACGACGACAAAUCGAUGGCCCCCAAAAUGGAGAAAUUUCCGGAAUUGGCGGCGGACAAAAAGUUGGCCAAAAUUCCAGAGGAACCCGAGAAUUUUGAGGAAUUUUUGGAGGUGAGAGAAACGACUAUUCUACACAAUUGGUGGCCGGCGCGCCUCCGCCCGGUUGGCGCAGUGGCAGAGUGCUCUGCAGUCUGGAGGUAUCGGGUUCAAAACUUUUGACCUCGAAAGUUUUUUUGCUGAAAGAAAACAGGCAAAUUUGAAGGGAUUUGAAGGGGAGUACCGUGAAUUUUCGAAAAAAAAAAUUGAGAACGCACUCUUCUAGAGUAGGGGAACACAUUCUAACAAGAAGAAUUUCAUAGAACGGUCCCUAAUCAUGUGGCUCAAACCAAAGAUAAAUUCCUCGAAUUUGCAGACGCCCUCGGAGCCUCCAUUCGCCGUUCAAAAGCUCUCCUCACACGUCUCGCUGCUCAAAAUCUCGAAAAAUCUGGGAGAAACGCUUGCCGAGUACAUGACGUCCGCCCAAAAACGCCUUUUUCUCGUGACGUUUCGUGACGUGGCAACACUGACGAACCACGCGUCGAGCCACGAGAAUACGGCGAGAAUUGCGAUCAAACGACGCAAACUGAAAGUGAUGGAAUUGCCGGAAAUUGCGGAAAAACUGACGGAAACGUUGACGGAAAUUCUCGAAAAAACGCCCACCUCGCUGACGUGGAUUUAUGUGCUCGCGGAGCCGAUUAGUGCCCAGGAAAUGUGCGAGAAUCGCAGAAUUUCGACGGAAAUCAGGAGAAUGGUCGCGGAAUUCGGACACAACAAGACCGAGUGGGAGAACGUGGCGGCCGAUGAGUUUGAAAUGGAAUUUUUGAUUCUGAAAAAUGGCGAACACGCUUUGUGGUUCAAUUGUGAAAUGUGA